UGUGUGAAAGAAAGAAGGUGGAAAAAGGUGCCUCGAGAGCGAGAAUUAAGUGCAGAGGAAAGAAGCAAAAGAAAAAAAAAACUGUCAGCAGCUCCGAGUUCAGAGUCUGAGGACUGAUUCGACUCUGAAUUCCCGUUGAAGAGUCAGUCUCGUUCAGCCGCUCGAUAACUUUGGACCGUCGUCGUCGUGUGGGUUUGUGUGUGUGUACUGUGUUCAAUUCAAGGAUCUGGAGGCGCACAACAAGGAACGAAGGACGAGAUAAAAGCAUAAAAAGAGUGAAGAGAAGAGAGAGCAAAUUUAAGGAUAAAAGUGAAGCGAAGAGGAAGAAUCUCAAGAAAAAUACCGGUGAACUGCGAAUUAGACGAAGAAGUUUUUGCAGGGAUUUUUUUUUGUGGGUGAAGAUUCGCUCAAGAAGCGUCACGUACAUUCGGUAAAAAGGACAUUUUGGCACCGCGUUGACUGUAGUGGUGAUGUCUAUUCAUCAACUUGAUUCACAAGUGAGUGUGAGCGUGUUUGUGUGAAGUCGUCGUCGGUUUAUGGAGGAGGACAGGACACAGGACACAUGUGAGGGAUGUGCUGCUGGUCCUGAACCUGAACGAAACGACGAACGGAGAAUUCACUUUCGAGGUUGAAAUUUUCUCGGAAGGUUUUCGUCCUUGGAGGAGCGGAGAUCUUCGGAAUCAACUUCUGAAAUUCUGAAAGAAGAUUUUGUGAGUUUUCGUUGAGCAGGUAGUGCUGAGGGGGAAAACAGUUUCGGAAGAAAUUCCUCGAAAGAGCUCAAACUUGUGCAAAAAGGAACCAAUUUAGGGCAACAAAGAUGGUUUGGUGUGGUCGCAAGUGACAUAACUCAAAAUUGAGUGACAGUGGAAUAACAAAUCCCAAAAAAAAAUCAAUCAAAGUGAAUUGUGAAAUUUCUCUAAAAAAAGCAACAAUUUCUUGAAACGAAACAAAGCAACCAAAAAAAAUCACCGACUUUUAAACGGCCCGGAUCGUGCACCAGCAGGUUGUGAGGGGCAUGACUUAUUGCGGCUGUUGGACGGCGGCGGGAUCGACGUCGGUGGCAGAAGUGCUGUAAAAUGUUGCUGCCACGACAACGGCGACUGGAGCGCAACUGUUGCAGCUGGCUUAGCCGCUCAAUUUGGUGGUAGAUAGUGCACGACUCGAAGAAGAAGAAGGAAGAAAAAGUUAAUAUUAUAAAAUUGGAAGCAUUAUAAUUGAUAGUUGAUUGUGUGAGAGGCGAAGAGAAGAGAAGCGCGCCCUGUGAAUAAUAUUUUUCGUGUAAGAUAAAAGAAGAGAAGCGGUGGAAGAGAAGAGGGCGGGAAGGUGUGUGUUGUUUUAAGGCAGUUUUUAGAAGAAUGUUCCAAAAGUGAAACCAACCCAGAGAAGAAGGAAAAAAAUAAGAAGAAAAAAAGAGGCUAGGAAUAAGUCCAGCGUGUGUGGCUGUGGCAACAAGCAUGGAAACUGUUGCUACUGUUGAUAGUUGGAAGAAGUUUGAAGAAUCAGCCAGUGCCAGUGCCGGUGGUGCGGCUGCCGGGCUAGAAGAAGUCGUUGCGAGCAGGUUCUUCGCCGACGGUGGGCGACAACAACUGAAAGAACAACAACAACAGCAACGGCUACAACAAAGCUAAUGAGCUCGGAUUCCUGCGGCCGCUGUUGUUGUCGGUGUAGAAAAGAGGGAACUCUCUGCGAAAAAGUCAUGCUGCUGCCAUCAUGUCCGCUGCUUCGUCACUGUCCUCGUCACCACCGCCGCCACCACAACUACUGAAGAAGCGCAAGAAGAAGCCCACAUAAUGAAUGACGGGGAAGAGGAAUAAAAAUAAAAUUAAAAAUUAAGAUAAUAUAAACGAUCAUCAUCAUCAUCAGCGCGCGGCGCGGAGUUCGGCGGGUGUGACAAGUAGGUUCAGAGAAGAGAGAGGCAGAAAUCAGGAUCAAGAAUCUCGGGCUCAGAAUCUCGUCACGACCAACCAAUACGGUGAAGAAGAAGAAGGGCUUGAGCUGCUGCCGUUCAAGAAGCUCGUCACAGAAGAAAACGUUUGACAAAAACAGCCAGGCAGUGUGCUUAAGGUGAAGGCAACCGCGAUUUGCCGCGUAGUCAUCAUCAUUUUUCAUUUUUCCGGGGCACCUUGAAGGCGGCGGCCCACGGGAGAAGCGCGCGAAGACCGCCGGCCGAUAAUAUGGAUAAAUAUCUGCCGCUGCUCGUGCUGUUCUACAUUCUCAACCACAAGCUAGAUGGCGUUGCCAGCGAUCAAGUUGUUUUGCUCGAUACGACCAAGGAAGCGACCCUGGAGUGGACCCGAUACCCGUACGGACCUCAGGCCCAGACGCCCGGUUGGGUGGAGGAGUCGUUCACGAACUUCGUGAAGGGCAUCAACUGGCGCAGCUACGUGGUGUGCGACGUGGCGUACAACAACGUCAACAACUGGCUGUGGUCGCCGUUCAUCGAUCGGGGACCGGCCAACCGGUUGUACAUCGAGAUCCACUUCACGAUCCGGGACUGCUCGCUGUUCCCGGGCAAUGCGCUGUCCUGCAAGGAGACGUUCAGCUUGCUGUUCUACGAGUUUGACGCGGCGACGAGGGAGCCACCUCCCUGGCAACCCGAGAGCUACAAGUUGAUAGGGCGGAUAGCGGCCGGCGAGGGGCGGUUCAACCAGAACUCGGACGUGGAUAUCAACGUGGAGGUGAAGAGCAUAGCGGUGACAAAGAAGGGCGUGUACUUUGCGUUCCGGGAUCAGGGCGCCUGCAUCAGCGUGCUGGCCGUGAAGGUGUACUACAUCACGUGCCCGGCGGUGACGGUCAACUUUGCCCACUUCAACGAGACUCCGACGGGUCGGGAGAUCACGAUCAUCGAGCAGACGACGGGGACGUGCGUGGAGAACGCCGAGUCGUACGAAAGCCCGACGUACCUGUGCAAGGGCGAUGGCAAGUGGACCAUCCUCAGCGGUGGAUGCCGCUGCAAGGUCGGCUUCGAGCCCGACCACGAAAAGCAGACGUGCAACGUGUGCCCGGUGGGCAAGUUCCGCUCGGCGGAAGUCGACGCCUGCACGAUCUGUCCGCUCAACUCCAAAACCAACAAGAUUGGUUCGCCGUUCUGUCCGUGCCUCAGCGGACACUAUCGGCACCCGCGGGACGGCAAGCACAUGCCUUGCUAUAAACCGCCAGGACCCCCCACAAACCUCACCCUCCUCUUCAUCGACCAAACCAGCGCGAUCCUGUCCUGGAACGCCCCGCAACGAGCCGUCGACGAGCAGCUCGACACCAAAUACCGCAGCGACAUCGUGUUCCGGAUAAAGUGCUCCGCCUGCACCUCCAACGUGGUCUUCAAUCCGUCCUCCGAAACCUUCAACGACACCAAGCUCACCCUCACCAACCUGGAACCCGUAACGACCUACACCGUCCAGAUUCACUCCCAGCACGGCGUGUCGUACCUGCUCGUGCAGGAAUCCGCGUUCGACAAGGCCGGCGCCGCCGGCUACGACAACACCAGCUUCAACAACCACUACCACCACGCGACGGAACCGCCGAACGUGCGCUCCUCGUCCGACCUGGACGACAUCAAGACCGAGUACGCGGAGAUCACGUUCACGACCGAGUCGGCGAUCCUCAGCACCGUGUUCAACGUCAAAGUCAUCUCGAUCACCAACAAGGAGGUAGAUCUCGUCUGGGACAAGCCGAUGCACGCCGACUCGCCGAUCGAGUACUACGAGGUGCGGUGGUUCCCCAAGUCGGAGGUGGACGCGAUGAACAAGUCGGUGCUGAGCACGAAGGAGUCCAAGGCGCACAUUGGCGACCUGCAGGAGAACACCGAGUACGGGUUCCAGGUGCGCUGUAAGACGCUGAACGGGUGGGGCACCUUCAGCAAUAUUAUGUACGCGCAGACGCACCAGAGCGUGAGUCCGGUGUACGAUGAUUCCUUCCAGAUGCGAAUUGUUGCUGGUUCAACAGUCGCCGUCGUCUUCAUUCUAGUGUUAGUGAUCGUCGUUACCGUCCUGUUUUUGCGCUCCAAGAGCCACGAUGACAUCGACAAGAAGACCAACAAUCAUCUGCCACUGCCGCUGGAUUACGCCAGCAACGAAGGACUUGUAGUGACCUAUAUUCACGCAAUGGACACCACGCCGAUCGUGAAAACGAUGAAAAAUAAUGGUGGUUCGUACGGGUAUUACCGACAACGUCGUAAUAAUUUUGCAGUGACCACGCCGCUGUUCGGCACCAGCAGAAGCUACGUCGACCCGCACACGUACGAGGACCCGAACCAGGCGAUCCGGGAGUUUGCCCGGGAGAUCGACGCGAGCUACAUCACGAUCGAGGCCAUCAUCGGUGGUGGCGAGUUCGGCGACGUGUGCCGCGGUCGGCUCAAGAUCCCGCCGAACUUUGUGCAGGAGAUCGACGUGGCCAUCAAAACGCUCAAGCCGGGCUCGUCGGAGAAGGCGCGGUGCGACUUCCUGACGGAGGCCUCCAUCAUGGGCCAGUUCGACCACCCGAACGUGAUCUACCUGCAGGGCGUGGUGACGCGCUCGAACCCGGUGAUGAUCAUCACCGAGUACAUGGAGAAUGGGAGUCUGGACACGUUCCUGCGGGCCAACGACGGCAAGUUCCAGACGCUGCAGCUGAUUGGGAUGCUGCGCGGGAUCGCCGCCGGCAUGUCCUACCUCAGCGACAUGAACUACGUGCACCGCGAUCUGGCUGCGCGGAACGUCCUAGUUAAUUCCUCACUAGUGUGUAAGAUCGCCGACUUUGGGCUGUCGCGGGAGAUCGAGAACGCGAGCGACGCGUACACGACGAGGGGUGGCAAAAUCCCCGUCCGCUGGACCGCACCGGAAGCGAUAGCGUUCCGGAAGUUCACGUCCGCGUCGGACGUGUGGUCCUACGGGGUGGUCCUGUGGGAGGUGAUGUCGUACGGCGAGCGGCCGUACUGGAACUGGUCCAACCAGGACGUGAUAAAGAGCAUCGAAAAGGGCUAUCGGUUACCGGCCCCGAUGGACUGCCCCGAAGCGCUCUACCAGCUGAUGCUGGACUGCUGGCAGAAGCAGCGAACGCACCGGCCCACCUUCAGCAGUAUAACGCAAACGCUGGACAACCUGGCGCGACAACCGCAGGUGCUGCUGACGACGCGCAACUCGCCGGACAAUCCGGUGGCGCGACUCGGCAACGACCUUAGCGACGAAAUGCUGGCGGCGGCGGCCGCAGCUCAGCAGCGAACGAUGCCAAUGUCCGGCGUUGGUGGAGCGGGUCUCAUGGGCACGACCGAGCGGAUGUUGGGCGGCGGCGGCGGCGGCAAUGGCGUUGGCUCGGGGAUGAACGCCAGCGGGAUGAACACGCUCGGGUCGACGGCGGGUGGACUGAGCAAUACGGGGACGAUGUCCGGGACGGGUGGUAGUGCCGGGGGCUGCGGGGUGUUUAUCAGCACCGAUCUGUGGCUGGAGAGCAUCAAGAUGUCCCGGUAUUCGCAGCACUUUAAGGAGGCUGGUUUGGUGACGGCGCAGCAGAUAUCCCGGCUAACCGCACAGCAGCUCUCCGACAUGGGCAUCACGCUGGUCGGCCACCAGAAAAAGAUUCUCCACCAAGCGCGACAGAUAGAUACCAUAAUUUAAACACCAACACCAACACCAACAACAAACCAGACGACCACAAAGGGUAACCGAUACUACCCUUAACAGCAUGACUUUACGCAAAAGAAAAGACCCAGUGCAACAAAGAAAAAGUCGAAUCCUGUUUAGAGCAUUUCUUGUUUAACUUGAGUACAUUCCUGUCAAAUAUCAUCACACCGAGAAAAAUCAGCACCUUUAUUCGAUUCACUUCACCCUACCACGAUGAUAUUCACCGAGCAUUUCGAGGGCUGCAUUUAUACAAAGUAGCGUGUUAAGAGUGCGCGCGUGAUCGUUACUUAAGGUCAAAUCGGAUUGUUCCCCACAACUGAACCACAAACGCAUCCUAGUUUUGAUUUUGUGCGAGGGAGUUGUUUUGCCUAAGUUUAUGCACCGACAAGUCGAGAUGAAGUGAGAGAGCGUAAAUGAGAGCGAGAGAGGUAAGCAAACCGAACUGAUCACAGUGAGAAAGAGAUGGAGAGAGAGAAGGAGGGUGCGCGAGAUAGUACGAGAAAACUUCGUAUGUGUAAAACGACGAAAAAAUGUGAUUUUUUAUACAAUAGCAAUAUGUAGAAUCGUUUUUUUAGGUGUACACACUACUAUUACUGCAAGAACAAAACAAACAAACAAGAGAAGAGAACACAACUGAGUACUGCUAGCAAACUACUACAACUAAUUUAAAAAAAAACACUACGACUACACAUCAGAGAGAAAAAAAACCGCAACCAACACACUGAUAUUAACAAAAAAAAACAGCGCGAUACGGGAUAGAAACAAGCAUUACGAAAAAAGACACAGUGAGAGUAGCGAUUACGUGUAAAACAAUAGAGAGAGAAAGAAGGGUGAGUUAAAAGAGAGAGGACUGGUUGUAUCAUAGUUUAGAGAGGACUCAAAAAUGCUGAACCUGCCACAGUUUUCUCAAAUCGCGGGAGGUCGAACAGAACUGAAGAAAGUGUGUUUUUAUUUUAUGUUUUUUAAACUUUUUUGUUCUUUUAAUACUUUUUUGUUUGUGUAAAAAAUGUCAGUUCUCUCUGUAUGCUUUUCUCUCACUUUAAUUUAAAAAAAGAAGAGCGUGUGUGAAUAGUUAAUUUUUAAGUUAUUUUAUUGCUCCCCUUUUUCCUAGUUAUCAACUGUUUAUUAUUUUGUCUUAUUUAAUUGCAAACCCCCCUAAAUUCCGGCGUUUAAGUAGGAGCAGCGAAUCGAUUCGUAGCAGCUUUAUUCUGUGAAAUAUAGCGACUUUUUAUUCUUUUUAUUUUGUAAGUAAUAAAUUGGAAAAAUUGACUCUGAAAAGUA